AUGAUUCAAGCAACACUUCUACCAACACAAGAAAAGACAUGCUUGCAGACGGACCCCAAGUCUUCCGACACCAAUACAAGAUACCUUAACGGACUACGAGGCAUUGCAGCACUACUGGUGUACCUACACCAUCAUGCCUUCCACUCACACGCAUGUCAAAACGGUCCAGCUAUCUUUGCAAACGCAUUUGGCUACGAUGGGAAAUACUACAUUUCAACCUUCCCAAUCAUACGGCUCUUCUUUUCGGGAGGCCCAGUAGCCGUAUCCAUCUUCUUCGUCAUAUCAGGCUACGUACUGGCUCUCCAGCCUCUCCGCGCCCUACAUUCCCACGACAGCGAGAAACUACUCCGCCAUAUCGGAUCUGGAAUCUUCCGAAGAUGGACACGCCUAUUCCUGCCAGUCGCAAUCACAACCUUCAUCUGGGCCAUGAGCUGGCACAUUUUCGACAUAAUGCCCGCCAACCGCGCCAACACCAUCCGGCUCGAAGCAACCCAAUGGGCUACAAAUUUCCUCCGAUACAGCUUCCUCUUCAAAGACGUUCCAAACGCAUACAACGAACAUACAUGGUCCAUCGCCUUUGAAUUUCGAGGAUCGAUGGUGAUCUACACAUCCCUCCUCGCCUUCCGCCACCUCACGACCGCCUUCCGAAUUCUCGCCCAAGCUCUCCUAACAUCCUACUUCCUCUGGCUAGUCGACGGUCCCUACUACGCCUGUUUCACAGCUGGUCUCCUCCUCGCCGAUAUCGACACCCAGCACCUCUCCACGCAAGUUCCACCGACCAUCUGCAGAUUGACAUCCUACCUCAUUAUCCCUCUCUUCCUCCUCGCCCUGCACCUAGCAGGCGUACCAACCCACCAACCCGAAGACAUCUCUUACCUCCGCUCCUCCCCCGGCUGGUAUAUACUCUCUUACCUGACCCCGUCCAAUUACUCAGUCUUCUACCACUUCUGGUCCGCCGUGCUGCUUAUUGUAACGAUUCCUCGCCUUCCCGUCAUUAGGAAGAUUUUGGAAAGUAAAGGGUGUCAGUACCUUGGCCGGAUUUCUUAUUCGCUGUACUUGGUUCAUGGACCUAUAUUGUGGAGUUUGGGGGAUGCGGUUUAUGGAGCUUUGGGGUGUAUAGAUGGGCAGGGUGGGAUUUUUGGGUUGGAGCGAAGGGUUUUGCUUGCGCAGUGCGUGCUCUUGCUAGGGACGAUUGGGGUUGCGGAGGUUUGUACUAGGGUUGUGGAUGGGAAUAGUGUGAGAUUCUCGAAGUGGUUGGGGAGGAGAGGCAGGAUUGGCGGAGGAGGUUAG